AUGUGUUUAUUCAUCGUUGAUUCAGACGAGACCCACCCCUCAAACACCAAUACAAUCAUCGGCAUCACUUAUAAUGACGGUGUUAUUCUUGGCUCUACUGACAUAAUCACACAACUAAGUGCUAAUAUUUUCUCAUGUCAGCAUGCACUAGAAGCACAAACAGAAAUCCUGUUAGAAGAUGCUCACAACUUUAUUUUUGAUCAAGAAAGUACUAUGGUCGUGGCCGAGACUAUAGGUACAAUGUUAGCAGCAUAUAACAACAAGAAUAAUAUGCUACAAACUGGGCUUAUUAUUGGUGACAGAAAUAAGAUAUUUGAGAUAAGUUAUGGUGGGGUUGUUAUGCAGAAGUCUAAUUUUGCUGUUGGAGGGUAUGGGGUAACUUAUUUGAAUGAUUUCUUGGAGAAAGAAUGGAAAAAAGGGAUGAAUGAAGAAGAAGCCGAGAAAUUGGUGUUAAAGGCGUUGUCAAUAGGUGGUACUAGUAGUCGUGGUGUUCAGACGGCAAGUGCAAACUCGAAAGGAGUUACGAGAGUAUUUCACCCUAAUGACACACUUCCUAUUAGGCAAGAAGCGUUGGAAUUGAAGCAUGUGAAUGAGAGGGCUCAUCUCGAAUGCAUACGUGCACAUUUAAUUUCUUUGCUGAAAAUCAACGAGGGUUUUUAA